AUGACAUUCUGUCGCGCUUGUUCGUCACGUACACUCUACGUUAUACAUCUGUUUUGGUCUUAUGAUGGUGUGCACUGGAGAAUACACAGAUCUCAAAGGUUCAAAUGUUUAUUGAACAUACAAAGAUGUGGGAAUGUACGCCAAUCGAGAUAACGACAAGUUCGCUAUAGUGAAGAUAAGAUUGCACAGUGAGUUUUCGAGUGAAUAGUCAUUGCCGCGGUUGAUUUUGAAGAGAAUGAGAACGAAUGAACUGAUGGAAACAAAAACUGAUCAGGUUCUGAAAGAGAUGAAGAGUGAGGUUAAAGACGACUAUUUGAUAGUAUUGAUAGCGCUUCUCAAGAACGGAGCAUAUUAGUAGUGCCCUUCAAGAAGCGGUGUCACGUUGAACCACUUGCGGAUGAAAAUUCUGAACCAACCAUCUGUACAAUGGAAGAGGAACAAGUUUCGAAGCAGAGCGUCGCUAUCAAGAAAGAGCACAAGCCCAAAGCCAUGUCUUCUAAUAAGCCAGACGACAGAAAGAAAAGCCGAGAUAAGAAAAAACAGCAGCACAAGCAGCAGCAGCCAAAAGCAGAGUUGCCGCAACUAACCAAGGAACCAUCAUCAAGUCGGAAGACGCAUGGUCCAUGCGAAGAUGCAGCUUGUGCUGGAACAUCUGCCUGUGACGACACAGAAUCUGUGUCGUCAACCAAACAAAGCUCCCUCCUCGAAUGCUGGCUCGAAGAAUUCACAAAGAGCUCCAAUAAGUACGAGUGCAGCAAGAUACUGCAAGGUCCCGAGUUUACAAAAGAACAAAGUGACAUACUGCGACAGUCAUUCACCCAAUUGUCUCGGAAGAUGUCUUGCAUUAAAACAAACAGCUAUCGUUUCAUGAAAACGCACAAGUGCAAACGCUGCGAGUUCUGUAUAUCACAUCAAUGCAUGCCCCUUGAUUUCUUCCGAUCUGUUCCGUUCGGCGCUGAGCUCAUGGAUCAAGCAUACAUGGUGCCAGGUCGGACAGUUGUGUGCGACUGUGGUUUUUCCUUCUCUCACGCACAUCUUAAAAGAACGCGACACGUAGUGGAGCUAAGUUACGUGGAGAAGCACACAUCUCACUUGCAACUAUACAACCGUUCUGUCGACGUCAGUUGCGCCAAAUGUUAUCUCAAAAUCGUUAUGAACAAUUCAGGUAACAACGUCUGCUGUGAUCUGGCCACCUGGGACUCUGUCGCCGGUAAUGCUCGUAAAUCGUUCUACGCUGCUGUUCAAGGUUGUUUCCACUAUUCAGGAACAACCGCACAAUCAUUGGAUGAGUUUAUUGCUUGCAGUAAGGGUUGCUGUCUCAUAUUUCAUCAUUGCUCUGGAAAGAUCGAGGCUCCCGGCGCCAGCAGCUCAUCAUCCGGUUGACUAUGUUCAUCGACACCAUUCCAUUGACUUUCGUCGUUCUGGUGAAUAAGUGCAAACAAUAUCAUCCAAUCCACCACUGAGCUGAGAGUUCGAGCGCUACUGGAGGCACUGAGACCGACUCUUGGUAUCAAAGAAUAUUUUUGCUAGGAAUUAUGUGUAUCAUCAUCACUCAGAGCAAAUGUUGUUCGGAGAAACCAUUUUCCUUCCUUAUGAUAAAAAUGUUAACCGUAAUAGGUGGCACCGCAAUAGGCUUGUUUUCCUUAUCACACGGGAAUACGGGGCUCACAGUUGUUCAGAAUGAUAAAGUGGAGGAAAU